AUGUCAGCCGCAGACCCGAUGCCGACCGAGCCCUUCCAGCUCUCCGCCAUCCUCACCGGCCACGAGCAGGACGUGCGAUCCGUGGGACCGUUCGCCGACAGCCAGGUCAUCACCGGCUCGCGCGACGCGACGGUGCGUGUGUGGAAAGUCGACAGCGAGUCGGCUGACGGAGCCUCUGCCACGUGCACGCACACGCUCAGCGGCCACACGCACUUUGUGGGCGCCGUCGGCAUCACCGCCGCCGGCGAGGCCCU